AUGCCCACAUAUCGAGAGUAUAACACUGUCACUGCGCCGUGCGUUUCCCCGAUUUGGGUAUGCACAGGCAUACGGACACUUGAGGUACAAAAAGGAACGUUUCGCCUUUACGUGGUGCCCACAGGGACACUCGAUGCCGAAGGAUACGUGCAAGCGAUUAUUGUCAAGAUGCUCGCGACCCGGCGGCGGCUAGAGGGAGAGGGUGGCGAAUGCCUAAUACACACACCCCCCCCCCCGAUCCCGCCCCGUGGGGCGGACCGCUCGCCGUGCCGAGAUCUGUCGCACCCC